AUGAUGACACCACGUGAUCAUCGUGUUGCACAGAAUCCAUCGUUUGUUGAGUUCGAUAUGUCUCUGGAGGGAUUCGCAUGCCUAUUGAUACCAUCGCUGUCACCAGUUGCAUCUGAGCUGGGUGGUGUUGGACAUGGUGAACGAGUGUUUCCACCGUUGAAUGGUUUGACGGUUGCCACGUACGUGUUCUGUUCUAUUAUAGGAAGUUUCAUGUGCGCUCAUUAA